AUGGUCACCUGGUGGACAGACAAAGGUUUACCACAUCCUUCUACACUUCACCCUACAGGACCAGUAUCGUAUGUCAGAGCGUCUUCCUCAACGACGCUGGCAGCUACAUCGUCACUGUCAAAACCACUGGUGAGGGAAACGGACAUGUAUGGAUCGGGGUACUCAGAAGUGGUACUGGAGGUUCUGGACGCUAACUCGAUUGAGCUCACCACCUCUGAUCUUAGUCUACGAGAGGGAGAGAUAGCCAUAUUCAGCGAUUCAGGAUACUACCGGUGUACAAUAAGAAACUCAGUUUAUAUCUCUAACUCUAACAUCCUUACUGUUAUAGACAAGUUAUUGGUUCGCCCGGUGAAGCCGACAGUGUACAGUGGAUACCAGGACGAUGUGUCUCUUUCUGUGAUCGUGCAACCCGAUGGUGGGUACAUAGAAGGAACUGUUGACUGGUAUAAAGGUGGAAACAGAGUGGUAGUUGGGGGCAGGAUAUCCAGGUCCCAGUGGGGCAGAACUAUCUUCAUCUCUAACGUUACAGAAGGAGAUAUAGACAGAUAUACGGUCACUGUUUCCUAUGACGGUUACACCAGAUCUGCUGAAAUACAGCUUCGUUACUACAACGGGGAAGGAGUGCGGGUUGAGGCUGUAGAAGGAGAUGUUGAAGCGAGGUACGGGACAUUUGUUACUAUCAGUGUAACAAUACAGAGUGAUCCUCAUCCUACUUUAGAGGAGAUAACCUGGUACAAGGGAGAUUUAGACACAAAAGCUUCAGGAGACAGGCUGACGGUCGGAGGUAAGGGUACAGAGCUAAACAUAGCACUUACCAGAGCCUCUGACUACACUAGUUACAUCUGCAGAGUGUCGGGAGGCGAGAGUCUCUGCGUGGACUGUACGGACUGUGCAGGGAAAUGUGCUAUCUGCUGUGCAACUGUAACCUUAUCCGCCAUAGAGCAAUCCGGUGCGAAUAUAGAAGUAGCAGCGGUUAAAGCUCUCUACACGGUUGGGGAGAAGGUUGAGGUUACCUUCACGGAUCGGGGGAGUGCCUUCUCAGUGGAUCAGAUCACGUGGUAUAAGGGUGUCUACCCUAUAUCUACAGGAGGAAGGUAUACAGCGGAGAAACUGAGUUCCACGCAGUACAAACUAACAAUUGAGAACAGUGAUGCUAAUGACAACGGAGUGUAUGCUGUCGUCUACAAGACUGAUAACAAUGGGGCUCCUUCCUCCGGAAUCAAGGAACUAAACGUGAAAGUGCUGGGUGAUCCCAUGGUGACGGUAACCCCGGAAACAGCUCUAGUAACAGAAGGAAGUGACGUCACGUUUACCUGCUUCGCAGCUGCUAGUUCUGCUGCUCUCACAUACAAGUGGGAGAAAAACGGAGCUGUUAUAGCUGGAGAGACUGACCACAGAUUAACGAUAACUGAUGCAAAGCACGAGAAUGCAGCCGAGUACAAAUGUACGGUGUCGUUCACGGAGGGGAGGGAGUACACGUCCACUGCUAUAGCGUACCUGGUUAUCAACGAUGACGUCACACUGGAGGUGUUGACUCCGUUUGUGUUGGCUGAUGUGACUAACGCACAGGCUUCUUUGUCUUUUAGAGUCACGACACGUUCUCAAGGCCAAGUUACAAGUGGUAUUGUCACAUGGUACAAGGAUAACAACGUGCUACUGGAAGGGGAUGGUAUCUCGUUUGCUAGCGCCAGGAGCAACCUUCUUAUAUCCAACCCUACUUCUGCUAACGAGGGUAACUACAGAGUGAUGGUGGAACUAACCACAGUGACCCUGGAGGGUUCCAUGCAGCUAGCUGUCACGUCAGCUCUCCCCUCGGUGGUAUUCAGUGAGACCACGUAUGUGGGGAGGAGUGGCGAGCAGCUCAUCGUCAACAUAGAAGUGGGAGGUAACCCUGUGCCAGAAGUGUCUCAAAUAGAAUGGUAUUUGAACAAUGUUAGACUCUACCAGGGAGACUCCAAUGUUAGAUUCUCUGACAAUUACCUCACCCUCUACCGCAGUCAGAUGACGGCCGCAGAAGGGGGCCUGGUAAAAGUAGCUGUAGAAACGAGCGCAGGUAGAACAGAGGAGACAGCAGAAGUGGUGGUCAUCACCCAGAACGACAUCCAAGAGCAGCGGUCCUCGGAGAACCAGCUGCUGGGAAAGAGUCUGGUGCUGACUGUGGAGUUCCAUAUGAUGCCUUUACCUGUGGAACAGAACGUACAGUGGACUCAUGCUAGUGAGAUCCUCACCGACACUGACCCUAGGAUUGAGUUCUACAAGUCAGGGAAGGAACUGCUAAUAAAGGACGUCCAACUAGCAGAUGCAGGACAGUACAGGAUCACAGUCAACACUCCUGGUGGUGGGGCGGUCUCUAAGGGACUGCUGGUAAACAUCAGGACAUUAACCGAGAGACUGGAGUUCUCAACCAAGCCCACUGAGGAAGUUACUGUGGACGAGGGAAGCAAGGCUGUUAUUUCUUGUGAUGUUACAGGUACCCCCUCCCCGACCAUACAGUUCGAGUACAAGAACGGGACACAGAUCAGGAACAAGGGACGGUUCUACGUUACCUCCACCACUCUGGAGAUAUGGGCAGCUCGGGUCAGCGAUACUUCCGAGUACAAGUGUCUGGGACAAAACGGAGAUGAAACCGUCACAGCCAACUUUAAAGUCACGGUGAACCAGCGAAUAGUUAUCCUAGCAGAGGCAGACCAAGUUCAGGCUACGAUAGGAAGCACAACCGCUUUCACUGUCUAUGUGACUCCAACCAACGCUAAAAUUACCUGGACUCGACAGGGAGUAUUAUUCCCGGAGAGUGACGGAGGACACUACGACGUAGAAACAGAUGCAGCCUACAACAAGGACGGGGUAGUGUACAAGAAGGAAGUACUGACGAUAUCCCGGGUUCAGAGUUCUGAUCUGGGCGAGUACGAGGCUACAGCUAGUUAUAAUGACGACCGGUAUAUCAACAAGGUGGACUUGAAGCUGACUAAUGUGGGAUCCACUGUGGUCUCUAUAACCGCCUCCACGAGUAACAUUGAAGUUUACGAGGGUAGAGACGCUAAGUUCACGUGUUCAGUUAGUAUUGAUCAGAGCACCAUUACGUGGACUAAGAACGGUGUGGACGUUACAUUGCUAGAUGAUAGUAUAAAAGCCCGUUACGUGUUAUCCAACUCCAAACAAGACCUAACAGUCCAGCAGACAGCUCCUCUAGACGAAGGUCUCUACAUGUGUCUAGUUACCAGUACCAGCUCGGGGAGUGACCAGGCUUCAGCUACCCUUACUGUUCUUCCUCCUAUAAAGAUAACAGAGUAUCCUACACAUAAGAGGAUACUGGUGGGGACUGGGAGCCAGUUCCAGUUGAGUGUUAAGGUGAAUACAGGUUCAGAAGCUAAAGCAAUAACCUGGAAAAAGGACAAUGUCCAGAUAAAUGGGGACACAGAAAUGAUCACCCUGAGCGUACCAUCCUCACCAAGAGUUAAUUCAUUUACCGUCACUGCUUCUCUCUCCAGUUGGUUGAAUACGGGUGGGAAGAGUGACACUGCGAAUAUCUACGUGACAACGUACGGAGCGUCUGAGGUACAGGCGGCUGUGGUUAUCCAGGCCCCAGAGGAUCAGACUGCUAUAUUAGGCUCCACGGUGACAUUUGAGUGUGUAGCGUUUGGAAUACCCGACCCCACUGUGAGAUGGACCAACGGAUCGGCUGACAUGGACACUUCCUUCUUCUCUAACAAGUACACGGAAAGGGGAGUCGAGAGUAAACUCAUCAUAUCCAACAUAAGAUCCUACUAUCAAGGAGAGUACAGGUGCAAAGCUGAUAACUUGAAGGGGAGUAUUCAGACGAAACCGGUAUACAUGGAGCUGAUCAACCCACCCAGCAUCCGACUAGUGGACUCAGUUUAUUACGGCGUUCCUGGUAAGGAGCUCGUGAUACCAAUGGAGGUGGUGUACCAGAACCAGAUUCUCAAAUCCAUGACCAAGUGGUUCCGGAACGGCGAACAGCUGGUGGAAGAGGUCGGGAAGAUAAGUUUCAGUGGUGACGGUACAAGCCUGGUUAUUGUGAAUGUGGAGAGUAGCAGUGCGGGAACUUACAGUUUCACAAUAGAAACAGAAGCAGGAAGUGCCAGUACCAGUACCACUUUGGAAAUAAUACCUAAGUACAUUGAACCCACUGCAACAAUUCCUAAGUUCUUCAACGAUGUGGUGGCUUACAAGGGCAGUGUGUACUACCUCAAGUGCAAUGUCGCUGGCAAGCCAGUACCAAAAGUAGUGUGGAAGAGAAUGGACAACAAAGACAACCCAAAUCCGUAUACAGUGCAUGAUGAAACCAGGGCGUACAGCGUGCAGCCUGAUUCCACUCUCAAGAUAAAAUCUGUUAAAGAAACUGACGCUGGAACUUGGACGUGCGUGGCAGAGUCCUACCCAGAGGGAGUGCUCCGACAAGACGAGGCCUCCCUGACCCUCCAAGUAGUGGACUGGUUGUACCGACCCUUCGUUUACCCCUACCACGGACAUGAGACUAUAACGGUGGUGUCUGGAGACACUCUGGAGGCUAACAUUGAGGUGAUGUACCGACAUCAGAUCCGAGCUCACAACAUAGUUUGGAAACGUCUAGAUUUCGGACUCACUGACUGGACCAAAGCUACUGAGCUGAACCUUGUUGAUCCUGGCUACGAUAAUGUGGUCUCCUUCGCUCGAGACAGAAGACAGCUCAUGGUACGGGGGAUCAGUAAGAUGUACGAGGGACAGUACCGAGCGUACGUGAGAACUGUAGCUGGAGAGGCGGACACCACCAUACAGGUGUACGUGAUUAGCAGAGUAUCUCCGAAUGUGAGGUGGUUGGAUACUAUCGGGGGUAUCUACUACACUGUUAACGGCGAGGAGGACUUUGUAUUCAAUGUCAACGUCACGGGUGAGCCGUUCCCAAAAGAGAUCACGUGGUACAAGAAAACAGGGCAGGCUUACGAGGGAUUGUAUAACGGUACUAUUGGUAACUAUGUGUACACUAUUGGUUACUAUGGUGAUAUGUACGUUCAGAACCCUGACAAGAGUUCCAGUGGCUUUUACAAAAUACAGGUGCUCCCUGAAAGAGGAGGAUUAGAUCAAAUGGAGGAAGCCAGCGUGGAACUCGUUGUGAAGGACUACUACCUGGGCUUCCAGACAGCCCCUUACGUUGGAGGUAUUCAGAAGAUAGGGGUCCCUGUAACUAUGGAAUGUCUGGCACGUGGUGUCCCUGAUCCAGAUACUAUCAUGUGGUACAGAGGAAUAACGAAGCUGUCCACUGCAACAUCUCAACUAACGAUCAGUUCUGUUAAGAAAGAAGAUAAAGGAGACUACUACUGUGUUGCUUCUAACACCUACGGAACCAUCUACUCUCCACGCGUGUCACUACAAGUGCAGUAUCUUGAUGACGAGUUCGAACCUAUAACCUGCUACAGGGAGGAGACGGUAGACGGACUGUUAUCCCUCGCUCCUUGUUCACCCACCAACCUCAUUGAGGGUGAUGUAUUCACACUGUUCUGCAACGGACCAGACGGUUGGCCUUACCCCAAGACUACCUGGUACUUUAACGAUGACGUCAUAGCGAACAACGCCAACGGCUUGUCCCCAGCACCCAACCAGUACGGAGAUCUGGUAUUCCCCUGGGCUCAGCCGUCUAAUUCAGGGAAAUACACGUGCGGGUUGACCAACGAUCAGGGUAGCAAGAGUAAUUAUAAUCCGCUUUAUGAUGUCAAGGUUGCUUCUUCUGAUGACACUAGCAUUGACAACGCCAAGGGCUCGGAGUGGUUGAUACAGCCUGAUGAUAUAACAGUAGCACAACACACGCCUGUUACUAUAGCCUGCAUGGUGUCCAGUUAUCCUGAACCAUCUUACGAGUGGACCUUCAACAAUCAACCCCUGCAGAAUAUUCCCGGGGUUACUAAAGAGCUGUCCUUUGGUAAGCGCCUCCUUGUAUUCGACCUUAUCAACGAGAAAGCAGAUGGAAAGUACAGCUGUAAAACCUGGGUUGAAAAGGACGGCAAGAGAACGGAAACUAAAAACGCCGAUUUUACUCUGACAGUGGCUACUAGACCAUCAUUUGUUGAUGCUCCAAUAUUCCAAGUGGGAAAAAUUGGUGACGAAACAGAGAUAGAUUUGAAGACACCUACAGGAAACCCUGUACCAACAGUUGUGUGGACGUUCAACGGUGAGGGUGUUCAACUUGAGGGCAGGAUAAAGUUAGUGGACGGUAGAAAGUUACGGAUAGACCCAACCCAGGCUGGCGACGAGGGAAUCUGGCAGGCUACAGCUACAAACAAGGCUGGAAGCGCCCAACAUGCUAUCUAUCUCAAGAUAGAAGAAAAGUUGGAGUUCACAGAGUCACCCUCUUCAGUAUCCGGACCUGACUCAUACGUACCCCAGUUUGAAACAGUAAAGUUCCCUUGUAAAGUUCGGGGCAACCCCAGUCCUCAGAUUUAUCAGUGGUACCGUCAGAAGCAUCUAGACGAACCCUUUAAUGGGUUACCAGCUCGAGCUUAUAUGGACGAGGAAAAGUCUCUCAUUAUACCGUUUGCUCAGACCUGGGACAACGGAACUUACUUCUGUAACGUCACAAACGAGUACUAUGAAGGGAUCUCCGGAGCAGUGGUCCUCAAAGUCAUACAACCGCCCAGUAUAUUCACUCCUCCUCAGGACUUUAAGAUUGAGAAUUUCGGAGACAAGAGCUCACUAUCGUGUCUUUGUGAACCACAAGCAGUAGCUAUACAGAACUGCAUGGUAGAGUGGAGACGUAAUGGAGUUAAAGUAGACGACAGGGAUACGUCUGUUAAAGUUAUAGACUAUACUUCAGUGCUGACGAUACUUAGCACACAAGAAGGGCACCUGGGAGAAUACGAGUGUUACGGACACAACAGUAUAGGAUCCGCCAGUGCGUUUGCGUUCAUCACAAAGAGUUAUACACCCUACAUGACAACAAAGCCACCUGAUACAGUCACGGCAGGGAGUAAGAUUCUGCGCUACUCCUGGACACCUUUUGCAUACAGUAGUUCAGUUAAUCUGGAGUGCCAUGCUAUCGGGUUCCCUCCAAUCAACUACAUGUGGACACUUAACGAAAUUCCCAUACAAGACUCCAGGUUCGAGAUAACAAGCACGGGCACACUACUAAUAGACGGAGUAGAAAGUAAAGACACGGGCACGUUUACUUGUUACGCUAGUAACCCAUACGGGCAGGUCAGCGUUUCAACAACUCUGACAGUGGUCGGUCCCCCUACUAAACCUAGUGCUCCUUGGAUAUCUCAGAUAUCUAGAGACAGUGGCAACAACUUAUACUCAGCUAUAGUUAAUAUAAACACGGAUGGAUACAGUUCAAUCUCUAAACGAAUCCUGACAUUGAAGCAAACGGAGAGUGGUGUUACAACUACUAUACCAACUACUUCGAACACCUAUACUUUAAGAAACCUCGAGGCUAAACCUUAUACUAUUUCGGUGGUGCUUCAGAACAAGUUCGAAGCCAGUGAGUCCAGUGAACCAAGCGGCAGGAUCAACUUAGCCGACUAUAAUGAUAUUUUACACUCUGCUGUUGAAAAUGUACGAGUAAAAGAUAACAACGCCUACCUAGCGUGGGGCGGAGAAGAAGCCCAAGACACAGCUGACACACCCGACAGCUACAAGGUGUAUAUCAGUGAGGUUGGCACUUCAGAUGGGAGGAGUUAUCUUGGGUUGUCCACGGAGAUGGAGUAUGCUAUUGAUGUAGAUAAUACAGCCAGUUUGAAGCACUUCACCGAGUACUAUUUCCAGGUGGUGCCGGUAAAGAACGGAAAAGAAGGACUGUACAGUAAACCACUGCUAGUAAGAACCCAGCCCGCAGUCCCAGCAACACCACUAAUAACAGCCUUCAACUAUACGACUGUUCCUGGGGAGAUCAUUGUGUCCUUUGAUAGAAAGUGGUCCAUUUCCGGUGGCAUUAUCAAGGAAUUUGAGAUUUUCUACGCCCGAAACACCAGCGACUACAAUAUCGGCACGAAGCAAGGCGUGCUAAGCCGGAAAAGGCGACAAAGUCAGGGAAGUGUCACGGCUGACUCGGCUGCUGUUAAUAUUAGGAUAUCUGAUCUUAACCCGGGGGAGCCCUAUAUCUUCUCAAUGCUCACUGUCAACGAGCUUGGGCUGCAGAGCGAGAAAUCAGAAGCGACAGCAGCGAAGACGCAGACGGGACUACCAGGAGUUCCAACUAUCACCAACCGAGACGGCAGUGGAAGAGACGCUAUCCUGGUGAAAUGGAGCGCUCCUACCAUCACUAACGGACAGAUUAUGGGUUAUUACGUGUAUUACAGACUGGACAACAGUUUCAACGAUGUGGCUGCCAGAGUCACUGCUCCUUUCAACAGGUUGUACCAAAACGUGACUGGUCUAGAAGAAGGGUUCACGUACGAGCUGGCUGUUUCUGCAUUUACAGAGGAAGGAGAAGGAGAGAAGUCCAGCUGGGAGGAAGCGAGGACUAGACCUAAAUCAGUUCCUAACAUCAUGGAGACACCUGUUGUCAAGGUGGUUGACUGGCACACGAUAGAGGUUAACUGGAAGCUGCUUGAUGAUGGUUUGACUGGUAUUGAUACCUUUACUAUCUACUUAAACAGCCAGAUUGAUGGGGGUGAGGGCAGCAGUUACAAGAUACCUAACAGGAAUGACAGGUAUGCCCGGAUAACGUCCCUAGACGAGAACACUAGUUUCACUCUGAGCAUUGUGGCUGAGAACUGGAUUGGCACCUCUAAGAAGAGCGCUCAGGCCAGCUUCAGGACUCCUAAGAAACCUGUGUAUCUGAGGGUAUGGGUCGCAGGUACAAUAACGGGGGGAGUAGUAUUCCUCUUGAUGUGCUUCUUCUUUCUAAUGUUCUACUACUUUAUAUGGAAGAAACAGGUACCCAAGCCCCUUAAAGAAGAAAAGACCAGCCCGAUGCCGUACAUAGCACGAGAAGUUGGACGUAGACCAGGAGAUAGCGGGUCUCUGGUACUUAACAACCCCGUGGUAGCACCACCUCAGGGCAGUGAAAGGUACAGCUCAAGAAACAGUAGACAAGACAACUACAGGCCUGAAGAUGUGAGGAUGAGCGAACUGAGAGCCAGACAACCCUCGGAUAACUCACAAUUUGCUAAUACUAAACCUAGGCAAAAGUACGACGACGAAUACGAUCCCAGCUACGCUGACUCCUACAGCAAAGAGCAGUACAACGAGAAAAAGUCGCCGUACGACGACCAGUUCCCCGACGACCGUUAUUAUGGCAACGAUCGCUACGACGACAGAGACCGUUACAAUAGUCAGUAUGACGACGAUAGAUUUAGUGGGGAUAACAAUCAGAGGACACCAUUGCCCAGAGAUUUGGCUGGAGAGGACGGUUUUGUGAUCGAUAAUCCCUCAGCGGCACGCUUCUCUCAGAUAUGAUAUCAGCAGAAAAUAGUUUACCUUUAGGUGCGUGUUUCGUCUGAGGAUAUGAGAUUAGAUGCGGAAUACCCGCGUCGUGGAUCGGGUUCAGUUACCAAGAGUAAGCCUUGUUGAGGUAGAGCUCUAUCUAUAUCAGAUUAAAUUUUGUUUAUUUUGUGAAAGUGAAUCCUGAGCACUACAUUGUAAAUACAGCAGACUGCCUUUCUAAAGUUUUAUCGUCAAAUAAAAUUUAUUUUAUUUUCGAUUUUCAAGUCGAUCUGUUUGACUCAAACUGUUUGUCAAAAAUUACGAAUUCGGAAUUUUGUUUAUCAUGUAACAUGAAACGUAAAAUAAAAACAAUUCUCGUUCACUUUAUAGUUAACACGCAAUGGCCAUAUUGAUAUAACUAUAAGAUGUCAUUCCUUACUUUCAUGUCCACACUACUUAACAAAAGACACGUCUCUUAUUGAAGGUUGAUUUGUGAUUGUACUUGUAGCUUUAUUAAUAUUAUAUUUCGUCAGAAGGUUUGUAAUUACUGAUUUUUAUGGUAUUUAUGAAUACAUCACUCAGUCGCAGAUGAUAUGAUAAUAAUAUCAAAUAGUUGUUCACAAUAUUAUACAACAAACAAACACAUGAACAUUUACGUUUGACAUUGGAAAGGGUUUUUUAUUAACAUUUGCUAUAUAAUUAUACUCGUGUAGCUUGACAGAUAUUAAAUUAUGCGAGAACCGAGAUCAUUCUAAGUUAUAUGGCAAAAUAUUGUUCCUACAGUGUUUUUAUUUGUUUUUAUCCAAUAA